AUGGUCAAAAUCCUCAGCGGCCUCUCAGCGACACAUCCAAAUGCUGCUAUUGAGGCGAUCCGCAAACGCAUCUUCAGUGUUCCUAAUUCUCACAUUUUUCUGGGUGCUGUUAAGUUCCAAAAGUUUCAUGAGUCCUACACUUCUUCGUCGAUAGCUAGUGCGCAGGCCAUUGUUCCCGCUAGUGUCAAAGCCUUUGAGCCGGAUCCCAACACAUGGGUUCGUUACAACGCAGUUGCAAUCCCUAGUGUGUUUCGGUUGCCGUGA